GGGGAUCGGACGGGGUGGAAGGACUACAACGUCCGUCGCGCUCUGCGCUGCCAGGGCUGUGUUCUUGGCUAUCUCGGGUGUUGGUGGGAUGUGAGCAGCAAAGUUUCCUAGCCGUAAGCGGCAGCAUUAACCCCUUCCGCUAGAGUCGGUGAGGCGAAGGGCGGGGGCUCAGUAGGUGCAAAGCCCUGUGGCUUGGGAGCCGUGUACUGAGUCGAGUGGGGUUUGCACUGAUGCAGCCUCUGCGUCCAGACUCUCGCUGUGAUUACUGUUGGUUGUCUGUAAAAGUUAAGCAAGGAUCAGAUCCUUUCUCCUCCUCUCUCUGCUGAAAGAAUCUGGAACCAUCGUUUCUACAACCAAGCGUGCAGCAAGUAAACUCUGAAAUGCCAUAAUUCAUCAUUUCCCCCAACGUGCUCCUCCCUUUGAAGGAGAAGAAUAUUCCAGGACAGCUCCAUCUGGACAAAUAGACAGCUUCCGGGGAUAAACUAUUUCUUUUUGAUAUAUCUGUGAGAGAGUGAGCGUGUGUUCUCCAUUAGCCCUAUGGAUAGAAGGUGUUAUGGCUGUGCCUCCAAGUUUACCCUCUUCAGGAAAGAGUGUGGGUGCAAGAACUGUGGGCGGGCAUUUUGCUCAGGCUGCCUUGGGUUCAGCGCCAUUGUUCCCCGUUACGGGAAUGCUCAGCAGAAGGUGUGCAAGCAGUGUCACGGGGAGCUAACCAGAGGAGUGUCUCGGACUAGUACAGCUAGAUGGUCUCCACCAGAGAACUACAAAAAGCGUGUAGCAGCUCUUGAGGCCAAGCAGAACCAGCCGAUGGGUUCGCAGAAAGGCCCAGUGAAACCCCAAUGCCAGAGAGGCUCCAAAUAUCAGGGGCUGUCAAAGGAGGAUCGAGCUAUUGCAGAGCGGCUGGAGAGGCUUAAGGAGGAAACAAAGCCCAAGUCCAUCCCAUCUCAAGCUGAGAUAGAAUCUAGGCUUGCAGCACUGAAGGAUGACCCCAGCAAACCCAUUCCAUCCACACAGGAAAUGGAAGACCGUCUGGCUGCCCUGCAGGGAAGAGCCCUUCCAACCAAAACUCCCAGACCGGUGCACCAGCCCCCUGAUACCAGAACCCAAGUCCAACAGUCUGAUGAUCUGUUGACCCAGCUGGCUGAGGAAGUUGCCAUUGAUGAGAGUUCUAGUCCAGGAGCCCAGCCUCAAGCUGUUAAUACCCAGACCCUGAAUGAUCUCAAUCGGAGAAGUCAGAGUGGCAUCAGCACUGCUGAUCUGGACCCAAAACAGCUGGAGGAGGAGAAGAAUAAACUUCUGGCAGAGGCUGCUGCUGAGCUGAGGGAGGAGAACACUAGGGAGGAGAAAAUCCUAGAAGUUGCAAAGAGACUGGCAGCACUCAGAGGCCAGGACCCCGAGAAAGUUACUCUGGAAAACUACAAGCUCCCUGAUAGUGAUGAGGAGCUGACGGAGGAAGAAGCCAUUCAGCGAGUCCUAAAACAGCUCACACAGGAAGCAGCUCUGGAUGAAGCAAGCGGCUUCAACAUCCCUGCUGAUCAGGCCACCCACCCAGCAACCUCACAGCAGAACACACCCAAGAAAGCAAAGCUAAAGAUCCAAGCUCCAACUGCCACAGCUAGUGCUAAGAAACCCAGCCCAAUUGCUAAGGCAGAAGACAGUGAUGAUGAGGAGUUACCAUGGUGUUGUAUCUGCAACGAAAAUGCCACAUUACGCUGCCAUGGCUGUGAUGAUGAUCUCUACUGCCAGCGAUGCUUCCGGUAACAGCGACAACGCCUUUAGGGAAGGCCAUGAUGAGCUUGACCGGAAGGAGCACCGCACAUCUAGCUAUCGUCCUCCUCGUAAGCAGAAAUGAGUCCAUGAGCUGUGGAAAGGGAAGAAGAUGGAAAAUGGAGAUACAGAGGGAGUUGUCAAGAUGGGAAGAGUUCAGGCAGACAUGCACUUGCUACCAAAACAGAGGACCUCUUGAACAAUUCGAGGAACCUCUGUAAUUCCAAAGAAGCUUGGCGAAAAUGUGACUCCCCUCCCCAAACAUAGCCAGGGAAAUAUGGCUGGGAGUGAAGCAUAUGCUCUGCAUACAUGAGAGUUUAAACCAAUGGAACAUUAGAAAAUGGAUGAAUUGGUAUAAAUGUAAAUAGCAUGAGUUUAAACCAGGGGGUAUUUGGAUGAUGGUAAAGCCAGGGAAAGAGCAUGAAUUUAAGCCACUGUGAGGCUGCGUGAUGAAUAAUUUCCUGCUUUUACUAAUAAUUUACACAUUUUGUUCAAAAAAGAUGACAAGGCAAGUUAAAUUAAGAAAAGAUAAAAUUCUUCAAGGCUUGAUCAGAUAUGUGAUAAGAAUCUCUGAGGUGUAAUAAAGGAAUGUGUAUAGGGAAAUCUCUUGAGAAUUUUCAGAAAUUGUCUUACAGGGUGUCAUCCUGCAGUCAUGCCCUAUGACCUCAGUUCCAAUGCCAGAUGGAUCAAAAAAUGAAAUGAAAGGACUUGCUGUUUUUUGACAUACUCUGUCUCGAUUUGAGAGGCCGUGAGCUGACUUAAAACUGUAGUGUAGCAUUUCUGGGGGCUUGCUAAACAGCAGCUGGGUUCAACCACAGUAGCGGCUGCAUUUUAUUGGUGGAUGAUGUCAUUCCUGUAUCUGAAAAGCAUUCUGGAGUCCUUCAGGAUGAAAGGUGCUUUGUAAAUGUAAAAUACUAAUAAUGAGCUGAAUUCUGUUGUCAAAUAGGUGUGUGAGAAUUCUGUUGAAGUCAAUGGGAGUUGCACACAUUUGUCUGAGAGCAGAAUGUGGCCUGAUACAAUUAUUAGAAUCUCUGGUAGACUAAAGAUACCACCCCCUGCUAUCUCCACUACCCCCACAUAUUUCUGUUCCUAUGAAUGAAUAUGUUAAAUGGAGCUCUAUUCCUGCCCAUCUCUGGUGCCUGUUCUUGUGCACGUCACAGAUCCCUAAGACCAAAGUUGUUGGUCAUGCACUGACCUGGCAAAAUUCACUCUCUCUAAUAUGGUUCUGAGUAAGCCAUCAGUGGCUGAAGUUCUGUUUAUAUUAACAGUGGCAGGGCCUAACUCCUUAGUACAGAGCUUUGGGAUAGCUGAAUAGGAAAGGUACUGGAUUAUGAUGAUGUAAUGGUGACAAAAAGCCCAGUACUCACAAGAUGAUAAUAGACAGUUCCUGGUCUGAGGAGGUUACAGUCUAAAAGAUUAAACCAAGAUUCAUGUCUGGGUUUUACUGUGUAGGAGUGAGAGCCAUUUCAUAAUUAUUGGACUGGAAUGAUUACUCAGAUACCUAACCACCCACACUUACAGAAAGUGACUGCCUUGUUCCCUUUGUGGCUCAGUAUUUUCAGGGGGAGAGGGGAGUAACUGCUGUUCAAAUGUCUGCUGUCUGUUUGAUUUUUAAGAGGCUUCUCUCUGUACUAUUUGUCCAGACUGCUCCGGCAGUAGGUCUUAAGCCUGACUCCCCUCCAGACAUUCAGACUAUGUGCAUUCAAUUCUUUGCUUCACAGCUACUUCUCUUAAACACCUCACCCUGACCUGUGGGUUAUUUAUGCCUAGGUGAGUCUCAGCACCGUCCUAUUGAACUUCCUGGCUUCCUCAGCCACAGUUGAACUUGUAGCUAUUUAUACAGUCAGCCAGGGUGGCCCUGUGCGCUCUGCCAAGUGAGUCUCAUGAGGAAAGCAAGUGGUAGGUUACAGCUUGAGCCAGCCUGUUGGCUUGCCCAGCUUUCCAAACUGGUUUCUGUGGGCUGAUCUUGUUGAACACAGAAAGGCAUGUCCUGGAACUGAUGUUUAAUACCUAGUCACAUAUGGGAGCGUCUCUUUAUUUGCUUUGGUCACACAGACUGACCCUCGCCUCUCCACAGAAAAUGAACUUUUGUGGAUGCUGAACCCUCUGCUUGCAAUAAUGGGCCUUUUCUGUGCAACCCUCCCCUUGAAAUGUAUUAGACUCCAUCACUAGCUUAUCAACUUCUGUAGUGUGGGGAAAGAGGGCGGUCUGCAGCGGGGUAGACAGACUAACCUUUUUGGUUGUCUCUUUGGGAAAGACAAAUACUGUGAACCUUAUUUAAGCAUGCUUUAAAAAAGAGUUGUAUGGCUAAAGCCCUGAACAUCUUUCCAUUAUCUUCAAUGGACUGGUGUGGUGUUAUCCUUGUCCAGUGCUUUGAAAAUACACUGGUAGGUGUUUAGAUUAACUCAACAAAAGCCAUGAAAUCCUGAGUAACAGCUGUGCAAAUGAAGGGAGAGCACUGUAUCUGCAAAAGAAACAAAAUUGGUCUUGUGCCCUUUUUUGCUUCUUUCUGAGGGAUAGAAAGGGCCUGAAAGGGUUUUCUGCCCAGAAAAUUUUGAUUUUUCUGCAUCUGAAAUAUCAGAUCUUGCCUUUUUUUGCUGGAGAAUUGAGAGUGGUUAUGACAUCAGAAGAGUUAAAAACGAAUAUUUGAGAGGGGAGCUCAGAGGUGUUAUUAGGAGCAUGAUUUAGGGGGGAAAUCUUUAUUUCAUGCACAUGGGUCAAGAUACUCAAUUGUAAUGUGUAAACCCUAGAUAAAUACAAUAAAACACUGCUGGAAACAUUCUAAUCAAAAGAGGGGGUGUUUUUAAACAAACAUUCCCAUGCAAUACUUGCAACUCCCUCCUGGCAGGUUUGGGCUAGUGCCUGAGAACCAGGAUAAUAAAAGUAACUAGAAACUGAUUGUAAACAACAGCAAAAUUGGCUAGUCUAUUUUCAUGGCCUAGGCCAAAAUAAAUCCAAUCAAUAAAUAACAACAUACUGUAUUUAGAUUUUAAGAAUUCUUUCCAUUGAAAAAAAGACUUGCCAUUUUAUAAGUUUUUUUUUUUAAAUAUGAUUUUUUAACUUUAACAGAUCCUCUUAAUUUCCCCUCUCUCCUGUAUUGAUCUGAGAAAUCAGAAUGGAUUUUUGGAGCGGUUCCUGGCUGAUAGGCAAAUAUAUUUUGAGACAGAAUUUUAACAUUACUUACCUAAGUCCCUGAGUUUUUCCAAGACCCAUAUUCAUGCUAGGGCUUGCCCUGAAUUGUUGCUGUGUUGUGGGGGGUUUCAUUUAGAGUUUAGGUCUCCAGCACUACCAUGUUUGGGGCUGGUACACCAGCACUGCAGCAUGGAGGGCUUGACUGCUCCUCCCCACUUGGACUGUGUCUGCUGAGGAGAGCAUGUGAAGGUGGAACAGGUUAUUUUUAAAAAUGCCUUGCAGAGCCUGUUUUUAACAAUCCCUGACACAGGGCAUGGCCCCAGUCCCUCCAUGGCACCCAGAGUAAAGGCAGGGUGGGGGGUGAGUCCAGCCAUAAGGAUAACAUCCAGGAUGGUGCAAGGGCAGAGACAUUUCAGCUCCUUUGUGUUCUCCCUAGUCAAAUAGGGUUCAACAAGCAGAACCCAUUGGGCCAGUAGAAUACAAGCGAAGACUUGCACAAGUGCACAUCUCUGUUCCCAUGGCAGCUACGUGAACCUCUGGGGAAUGUCAUAACUCUAGUUCAGUCUGCUCAGCUCAUUGCUGAUCCCUUGUGAAAACUGGAUCUUCCACCUUCACCUCAGUUUGAUCCUUUGCUACAUUUGACUAAGGUCCUGGCCUGGCAGAGACCAGACUAUCUUGUAAAACAGGUGUUGGGCAAGAAAGAUCAUAAUUUGUUUUGUCAGGUAAACUGCCAACAUUUUUAUCAGCUCUCAGUGGAUUAAUUAACUCUUUGGCUGGGCUGGCUUUUGGCCUGCUCUCUGAGUGGCAGUGAAAUGAUAAAGGUCAGAACCUCAGCAGGUGUAAAUCAGUGUAGAUCUAUUGGCUUAAGGCAGCUAUGCCAAUUUACACCAGCUAAGGCUCUGGCCCAGCAUCAUCUCUUAUCUUUUCGGCAUUUUAACUCCUCCUUUUUAUUUAAUUUGUAGAGUUGAGCUUUGAAGGAAGUUUUCAAGAUUAUUCCAUGUGCCAAGGCCAGAUGAUGGCCUGCCAAGCAUGUCCCAAGGUCCCAACACUGGUACAGGAAGGACAGACCCAUUACCCACCACUCCCACAUGGCCACACCGAUGGGCAUGCAGCUGGCAGAGAGAAUGUGGCACAGUCACACUAUCCUCACACUGCAGCUACAAGAAGAGUAUGUAAGGCUGCCAUAUCUAGCGUGCUAAGCGAUCCAACGAUGUUCCAGAGCCUGAGAUCACCAUCACCUACAUCAUGCCACACCAUUCAGGGACUCCGUGAUCCAUACUCAUCACUGCUGUUCUGCAUUGAAUGCCGCAGAAGAUCCCAGGACCCCCAGUCACCAAAACACUGGUAUGUACAACGUAGAGCUCUGUACUUUGUUCCUGUUCCACAGUACUGGAUCAUGUUAGCAGUUCUGUAUUUUAAUCGUGUCACCCCAGAGGACUCCAGAAGCUAUCACAGUAUGUACGUUGUCUGAUGUGUAGAGAGUCUGCUCCCAGUAUGGUUUUUAGUAAUGAUACUUUCAUUCUGAGACCUACAUCUGAAGAACACUGCGUGGCCCUGAUCCAAAGCCCACUGAAGUCAGCGUGACUCUUUCCAUUAACUUCCAUGGGCUUUGUAUCAAGCCCUAUAGGAGUUAAGUAUUACUGCGAAACUCUCAGGAGUUAUUUUGGAUCAACUCGUAAACAUUUGGAGGCUUAACCCAGCCUUGAGUGUCUGCAAAACUGGGCUGCAAAACCCCAUAAGAACAGGCCUCAUAAUCUUAUGUGAUUUAAGAUACUUUAGGCUUCUGUCUUGGCAAGAAAUAUCUCAAGAACAGCUAUUCCAUUUGGGGUUUUUGGCCUUUCUGCAUUGGCUGCUGCUAGGAACACAGAAGUACAGAGCCUUCUGAGAGAAUGAGAACCACUGCAUUAAAAGGUAACCAACAUUUUUCUAAUCUCAGAAUAGGUUUAGUUCAAACUUUGGGUGAAAGUUUGAGUUACUUCUGAAGUAGCUCACUCAUCCCUAAUAAAUCACUGGGGACAGUUAGCGUGAAUAAGGAAUUGUUCAGUUCACAUAUUAAAUGGGAGAAGUGUACAAGCCAUAAAAAUAGGACACUUUGGCCCUGUGUACAAUGGGAUAGGGACUUAUUGCUGACAAUGGUUGUCAGCAAUUGAUCCCCCAAAUGGGUGUGAAUGGGACUCACAGGCUGGCUGGCCCUUUAAGAUAAGCCAGGCUCAGCCUUGCCUGUGACCUACCAGUUAUUCCACGCCUGAUGGUGAUAAGGCAGUUUGAGACUAGUUAGUGAUCCCAACUGUGAAAGGGUUAGGAAAAGACAACACAGAGUCAAAGAACUCAGUCGAGGGGAGAGACUGCAGAAAAGGCAGGACUACCCUGUAGGUAGAAGUAGUGGUCAUGCUUUGGCUCUCCUGGGUAGGAGCCCUGAGAGAUGACUUAAACAGGUAAGAAGUCAGGGAGGAGGAUCCAUAGGAAGCACAGGUUACUUUGGGGGGAAACCCUGAGCAAAGGCCUAAAAGGAGCAGGAAGAGCCUUAGGGGAAAUUGCCAGAGUCCCUGAGGAAGGGCAGCAGUGAGGGAAACCUAUUAAAACCAGAAGGAACAGAGGAAGAACUCUGCAGGAGCAGAUCAGGCUCCUGUGGAGGAGAGGCCUAGUGGUAGUGUCAGUAAAAACACUUUAGCGGAGCCCAAGAAGGGCAGAAAAGCUCAUAAAUCAGCAAAGGAGGAGUUGGGAGGAUCUAGGGAGAAGCGAGAGGCCUGGGAACCAAAGGGAGGCUGUGUUAAAUACAACCUGUGGAGAAGCGGCACACGUGGCUUGGAGGUAGGAAGCCGCCCAGGGAAAUUGCAGCAUGUCUGAUGGAGUAGAACUAGCUUCUUAAUACAGGGUCCUUGAGCCAGAACAGGGGGGGCCUCUCUUCCCCUACUAGCCCCUGAGGAAGGGGUAUGCAAGCCCAACAGAAGGAAUAUUGAGCCCAGGUGGGGCCAAAGACUCAGCCAAUGGACAGUCUGAGGAAUAGCUCAAGAGGUGGCUGAAGGCUCUCUUGUUGUAAGACUUUUUGGUGGGUUUUUUUUUUUAACCCGGAAGGGGACUGAACUUCAUGUGACUGGGCCAGAGGGCUGAGCUGUGGAAUACCUGACAAGUGGCAGAUGGCACAGGAGAUGAUGACCCUUGCAGCAUUGCACCCUGACACAAGGGGGUGCCGUGGGUGAUGAGUUCUCUACCUUACACGAACAGAAUUGUUUUCCAAACUAUUACAGAUAGUGUAGUUGACACCUGGUGGAAUGAACUGAUAAGUUUCUGUGCAGCCAUACUUGAGUCUUAGGGCUGCUCUACACUCAGUUUGUGCACCAAUUUAACUAACUUGGUAGAAAAAAAACCCAAGUUAGUUCAAUCGGUGCAACCCCUUAGUGCGGAUGUGGCUAUAUAGGUAUAAGUGAUUUAUAUCAGUAUAACGGCAACCACAUUAGGAUUGAACUAAAUCAUUUUCUCUACCACUUUGAUUAAAUCAGUGCAAAAGCUGAGUGUAAAGCAGCCCUUAAUCCUGGUUUCUGGAAUGGAGUUGAUGGUUUUGUAUCAUCCACAUAAGCGUUUACGCCAAUCCAGAGCGACCUACUGUUGACUUGUAUUUUCAGUAAUAGGUCAAUUUUCGAGUGUACACAGGGUCUUAGCUCCCAUAUUUAAUAUAAAUAGGAACGGACAAUCUGUCUGACCUGUAGUUUUGAUUUCUGUUCCUCGUUGGAGACCUCUAGAAGAUCUUCAAUGUCAAUUUCUGGUUCAGGGGUUGCUGUGUCUUCUUCCUCCUGCAGCUGGAGCAGAAAUACAUAGUAAAUAAACCUGUCCUGUCAACUGACAAGCAUUCAAGAGGACUUUGUGUGGAGACCUGGGGGGAGGGGGAAGAAUUCAUUUCUAGUUAAAGAUGAGCCCAUGUGGCAAAGACUGGAUUAAGAUAUGAAUCUUCCUGAAACUUUAGGGUAUUUAGAACAAGGGUUCUGAUUCAGGCUCAUCUCUAGCAGCACCACAUCCCAACAUGCAGACUGUGGCUUGGCGCAAGCAACAUCUCUUAGCUCCUCCAGAUUUAGCUCCCAGAGGUGUCAAACAGUCCCACCACAACACCGAAUACCUGCCCAAGGAGCAUGGUACUAUCGUGAGAAGACCUUCUGGAAAGACCUAAUGCAACUGAAAUAGGAUGAACCCCAGUUGGGGUAAACCAUCUUUUACAAAAUGGAAUGAGUAACAAUCAGGCCCUCCCAAAACAUCAGGGAAGUUGGGUCCCAAAGGGCCACAUCAGCAUGAAACUCUUUAAGUUCUCCUUUGAAAGAUCUAAGCACAAAGUCUGCAGCACUCAGUUUGCCCAGAGCAGCAAUAUGACUGUUUGACUUGAUCCUGCUAAAAUCUGAACCUGUGAUUCUAGGGUGCCUGGUUGUUUCAACCCUGAUGCUUAGACUUCAAAGAUAUAUUAGGAAACUGAAUAAUGCUUAGGACCUUCAGAGCAAUGGAACAAGCUGCCAACGAGGUUGUGGAAUUGCCAUUGGUUGAGCUAUUGAAGACUAGACUAUCAGGGCUAACAAAGACAGUUCUGCCUUGAUGCUGGGAGUGGAAUGGGAUGGCGCACUAGAGACUCCUUCAGACCCAAGUGAUUCUAGGAUUUGUCAGUAUCCCUGGGGCUCAAACUCAGUUCCUGUCACUCCUCAAACUAACAGGGCCUGGUUGGGACUGAUCUCAACUGCUGUCCAGCAGCUGUUGCCCCUUUGGAGAAGCAAUACUGGAAAAACUUCUUCAGGGUAAAUGUUGGCUGUACAAUGUGGUUUGAAUUAACAUGAUGAGCCAGAAAAAAGUUAUUUGUACAUUUGCACGGCUCUGUACUCUACUGUCUUUCCACAGGUUUAGCUGUAGGUGCACCCAAUAUUCUAAAAGGGUCUGAAUAGAGUUGAUUGAAAAAUUUGAAGAAACUUUUCCCAUCAGAAAAUGUAGCUGAAGCAAAACACUUCCAGGGAACAUGUUGAUUAUGAUAAGCAUUUCAAUGGGAGAAAGCCCAAGUGAAUUGUUUUGACUUUGUUGUUUUUGUUUUUAUAAUGUUGAAAUGUUUUGCUAAAGUAAAAACAUUUUGUUUCAACUUUU